CCCCGCCCCGCCCCGCCCAGCAAAGCUACAGGUGAACGCGAUGCUGCGCAGCUUCCCCCAGGCCCAUCGGCUUCUCAAGAGGCUGGGUUUUGAGAAGGGAGACGCCUACUUCUUUAAGCAGAUGGGCAAGGGCAUGCUAUGCACAUACGCGCUUUUUGGCGCCGCGUGGUUCUGGAAUGAGACAUCGCCGCUUGGCUGGUGGACGCUCAAGCCACGGCCCAAGGAAGAGAAGGAGAUGGCGCAUCUGUACGAGCGCAGGGAGUUCCCGUACCCCGGUGACGAGGAGGCGGUUGAGGAAUUCAUAAAGAGCGGGGGCGCCCUGGGCACGACGAUCGGGCCCAAGGGGUUCGCGGACGCGAACAUGGACUCGGACAACAUGCAGAAGCAGCUGCAGUCGAAGAAGUUCGACCAGGAGGCACGCAAGCUGUGGUUGCGGAUGCGCAACGAGGUUGUGCAGGAGCUCCAGGAGAAGGGGUUCGACGUCGAAUGAAGAUUAGUUUUAUUCCCGCGAAAGAAAUGGGGGGAAGGCGUCGGCUCGAUUAAGUAUUUUGCAUUGAUGGAAGUAGAAGAAACAUUUCCUGGGAUAACGUUAGAUGCCUCCAAGUUCAGUGCAAGCCUUUUUUUUUUCUCGAUGGAGAUUAAAUUCGCUUGCAUCCAGGCUUGUAUUCCUUUCCUCUGUCUUUCUUUGGAGUUAGAUAAGUUGUUUUCCAUGAUUUAACAAUUAAUCACAUAUAUAUUGAGACACCGGUUUAAUAA